AUGAAGCACCCGGCGCUUCUGCUGGCCGCUGCCUCGGCGUUCGUGCCCCUAGCACGCGCCGACUCGCUUCAUAUUGCACGAGUUGAUCGCCCAGAGCCGCGUGAUCUUCCCGUCGCCGCCUCCCAAGUCGAGACACCCACAGUCAAAGCCAUCGUCGACCGCGCCAUAAACGCCGCCCCCUCGGGAUACGUCCCCUCACCGUCAGCAUGUCCCGAUCCUGCUCCCAAGAUUCGCUCCGGGAGCACCAUGGGCCCGGACGAAAAGGCAUGGCUCCCUGGGCGUCGCAAGGAGACCAUAGUCCACAUACGCCGGCUCCUCAAGCGCCUGGCAAUUACCGGCUUCGACAGCGAGCAGUACUUUGGCAAUGCCACGUACAACUCCACAAAGCUUCCCAACAUUGGUAUUGCCAUCUCCGGGGGUGGCUACCGUGCCAUGGUUGGCGGUGCCGGCGCAAUCGCCGCCUGGGAUGCCCGGUCCGCUGGCAGCGAGGAAAAGGGCAAUCUCGGCGGCUUGCUACAGAGCGCGACGUAUAUAUCCGGGCUCUCGGGCGGCGACUGGCUCGUCGGCAGCUUAUAUGUAAAUAAUUUCACCUCGGUGCAGAGCGCCGUUGAUGCGCCUCUCAUCUGGCAGCUGGAAAACAGCAUCUUCAAAGGACCCGACCAGUAUAGCGUACGUGGGUAUUAUACCGACGUCUUUAACGAAGUAGAGAGCAAAUCCAAAGCCAACUUCAACGUCUCAGCAAGCGAUUACUGGGGCCGCAUGCUGGCGUAUCAAAUGGUCAACGCCAGCAAUGGAGGGCCGGGAUAUACUUGGAGCUCCAUCGCCAACGAUUCCGACUUUUCAUCCGGCAAGGCCCCGAUGCCUUUCCUGCUCGCCAACGGUCGCAACUCCGAAAAGAAAGUCAUCACGUCCGGGAACUCCACCGUCUACGAGUUCACGCCCUGGGAGCUCGGCUCCUCCGACCCAAACCUCGCCGGAUGGGUGCCGCUCCGCUACGUCGGCACCGCCUUCAAGGACGGCGACGUGGUGGACCAGGGCAGCUGCGUCACGGGCUUUGACAAUGCCGGCUUCGUCAUGGGCACCACUUCGUCGAUCUACACGCAGUCCAUCUCGUACCUCAAGGACAACAACAAAAAGUACAUUCCCAGCGACGUCCCCGACUUCGCCAUCAAGACGGCCACCAAGCUCAUCGCGGCGCUCAGCGACUCGACCGCCUACGACAUUGCCGAGUGGUCGCCGAACCCCUUUCGCGGCUUCAACCCGGCCACCAACCGCAACGCCAAUUCCUCGCGCCUCAACCUCGUCGACGGCAGCGAGGACGCCCAAAACGUGCCCUUUCACCCGCACCUGCUCCCCGACCGCGCCGUCGACGUAGUAUUCGCCUACGACGCCUCCUCGGACACCGAGUACGGCUGGCCCGACGGCUCCGCCCUCGCCGCCACGUACGAGCGCUCGCAGCAGCUCGCCUUCCGCGACGUGCCCUUUGCCGCCGUCCCGGACAAGAACACGGUCCGCAACCUCGGCCUCAACACGCGGCCGGCGUUUUUCGGCUGCAACGCCACAAACUUCACCGCGCACGGCAGCGCCGUCGCGCCCCUCGUCGUCUGGCUCCCCAACCACCCCUACGUCUACAACGGCAACCUGACCACGUUUACCUGGACCGUCCGCGACCCCGAGCGCGCCGCCCUCAUCGACAAUGGCUGGGCCGUCGCCACCCAGCUCAACGCCACCCGCGACACCGAGUGGCCCGCCUGCGUCGCCUGCGCCAUCCUCGCCCGCAGCUUCUACCGCGCCAACGCCACCGUCCCCGCCCAGUGCGCCAAGUGCUUCGACCGCUACUGCUGGAAGGGCAACACAAACACCACCACCCCGGCCGGGCCAUACGACCCGACCUACUACGGCAAGCCCAUCAUUGUCAACGACAACGCGGCCGCCCUGGCACGCGCCCCGGCGCCGCUGCUCGCCAGUGCUGUCCUGCUUGUGGCCGCGAUGCUGGCGCUGUAA